AUGACUGGAAGACGCGGACCCUUUAGGAGUUUCGCUAUCAGCAUUAUUCAAAUUAUCACCAUCAUAUGUCAAGUGUUGACUGAAGAGCCACGUUUUGCGGAACCCAUACCUAACGUGACGGUGGCGCUCGGGAGAGAUGCCAGCUUACCUUGCGUGGUUGAACACCUCGGCACAUACAAGGUGGCAUGGAUUCACAUCGACCGUCAAAUGAUCCUGACCAUCCAUCGUCACGUGAUCACCCGCCUCGCCAGGUUCAGCGUCUCACACGACAACGCCAUGACCUGGUUGCUCCACGUCAGUCAAGUACAGCAAGAGGACCGAGGAUAUUACAUGUGCCAAGUGAAUACGAAUCCAAUGAUCAGUCAAGUUGGAUACUUACAAGUUGUUGUACCCCCGAAUAUAUUAGAUGAAGAAAGCACACAGUCAGCAGUGGCAGUCAGGGAAAACCAAAACAUUAGCCUUAUCUGUAAGGCAGAUGGCUUCCCGACACCGAAAAUUAUGUGGCGAAGAGAAGAUGGCCAGCCUAUAUCAGUGGACAGGAGAAAGAAAGUAACAGUCUACGAGGGGGACACGUUGAGUCUACAACGCAUCAGUCGCACAGAGAUGGGAGCGUACCUCUGCAUCGCAACCAACGCGGUGCCACCUUCCGUCUCCAAGAGGAUCAUUGUGGAUGUUGAAUUUUCUCCGAUGAUCUGGGUACCGAAUCAACUGGUCGGCGCGCCUGCAGGCACUGACGUUACCGUGGACUGCCAUACAGAAGCUCAUCCACGAGCGAUCUCAUACUGGGUAUACGACAGUGUUAUGGUUCUACCAACCAAGAAAUACGCUAUCAACACAGAGGAAAACUCAUACAGGGCCCACAUGAAGCUGACUGUUAGAAAUCUCCAAAAUGGCGACUUUGGCAAUUACAGAUGCAUUUCCAAAAAUUCUCUCGGAGAAACCGAAGGGUCUAUCAGAUUGUAUGAAAUCCCGAUGCCUUCGACGUCGCCUAAAGCAACAGAAAUGAAAAGCAACGCCAAUAAAGAAAUCGUGCGUCGCAUGAACGUGACGCGCCCGGGUUCUCACGAGCCGGUGACCGAGCGCCCGAGUGUGGUGCGCGCUCAGCUUGACCGAGCACCGGACCGUGGCCAUGUCUACCGCGCGCCACAUCCUCACCAGGCAUCAGGUACACGGAGUCUCCUAUGUUGGCGUCAAUCUUUCCUGGCUGUAAUGAUUCUGGCUAAUAUGGAUUUAAUUUCCGAAUUCUUGAUGUUAUGUUUUUAA